GCGCGCGUGUGUGUGUGUGUGGAGGAGAAAUUACGAGACAGAGAGGGCCACUCUGUUGUGGAGGAGGACUCGGCGAUCUGAAACACAACAGAGAAGCUGUUUUGCUUAGGUUUGAACGGCUUUGCAGAGGAGGCCGCGUAUCGGUACUACCCUACGUUCGACUGAUUCUGAUUUUGGACCUAAGUGCUCUUCUUGUAUGUAUGGGCUUGGUUGGCGCAUCAAUCGCCUGCCGAUAGGACAUAACGGGCAGGGCAGCCUCCUAAUAAUUAUUUAUUUCGCCCUCUCUGCUCCACGGCAUUUGGAGAAACGUGAACGAGAGGCAGCAGCGUUAACAGCGUGCUGAUCAUGGAUUAAUGCCCGAGUGAAUUUUCAUCAGAAAGGUUCCCAAUGUUGAACAUGUCCACCCCCAGCGAGCUUAAGUCUACCUGUGUGACUCGCAACGGUAUGGUGAAGUUGCCCCCCAGCCAGCCCAACGGUUUGGGCAGUGCGAGUAUCACUAAGGGGACACCUGCUGCCAAGAACCGCCUGUGCCAGUCCUCCUCCGUACCCUCUAUCCUGCCUCCUCCACCAUCCUCCCUUCCCUACCACCACCACCAUCACCUGGACAGUCCUGGCAUGCCCCACUCAGCAGCCUCUCUCUUGGGCUCUGACCUGGAGCCUGGAAAGCCUCUGGUGGGCUUGAAGCCAUCCCUUCGCCAGCUCCCCCCUCUCACUCUACCCAAACCUAUGCUGCUGGAGCGCCAGCUUGUCCUGGAUGAGAAGCUGCUCAAUCGACUACUUUGGUACUUCACCACAAGUGAAAAAUGUGUGCUGGCGCAGGUAUGCAAGACAUGGCGCAAGGUGCUAUACCAGCCCAAGUUCUGGGAGGGCGUGACACCCAUCUUGCAUGCCAAGGAGCUAUAUACCCUAUUGCCCAAUGGGGAGAAGGAGUUUGUCAGUUUACAGGCCUUUGCCCUGCGUGGCUUCCAGUCUUUCUGCUUAGUGGGCGUAUCAGACCUGGACAUUUGUGAGUUCAUCGACAACUACCCAUUGUCUAAGAAGGGUGUCCGCUCAGUUAGCCUCAAGAGGUCCACCAUCACAGAUGCCGGUUUGGAGGUCAUGUUGGAACAAAUGCAAGGCCUGAUGCACCUUGAACUGUCAGGCUGCAACGACUUCACAGAGGCUGGCCUGUGGUCCAGUCUAAAUGCCCGGCUAACUUCCCUUAGCGUCAGUGACUGCAUCAAUGUGGCAGAUGACGCCAUCGCUGCUAUCUCACAGCUCCUGCCCAACCUAUCAGAGUUGAGCCUGCAGGCCUACCAUGUCACCGAUACAGCCAUGGCCUACUUCACAGCCAAACAGGGCUACACAACUCACACUCUGCGGCUUCACUCCUGCUGGGAGAUCACCAAUCAUGGUGUGGUCAACAUGGUGCACAGCCUUCCCAACCUGACUGCUCUCAGCCUUUCCGGCUGCUCCAAGAUCACUGAUGAUGGUGUAGAGCUGGUUGCUGAGAACCUGCGUAAGCUCCGCAGCCUGGAUUUAUCCUGGUGCCCUCGGAUCACUGACAUGGCCCUGGAAUAUAUUGCUUGUGACCUGCAUAAAUUGGAAGAACUGGUGCUAGACAGGUGUGUGCGGAUUACAGACACUGGCUUAGGCUACUUGUCCACCAUGUCGUCAUUAAGGAGCCUCUAUUUGCGCUGGUGCUGUCAGGUGCAAGAUUUUGGACUGCAGCAUUUGUUUGGAAUGAGGAGUCUUCGUCUGCUGUCCCUAGCAGGCUGCCCCCUGCUGACCACCACCGGUCUGUCAGGCCUCAUCCAGUUGCAGGAGCUGGAGGAGCUGGAGCUGACCAACUGUCCGGGAGCCACCGCCGAGCUCUUCAAAUACUACUCCCAGCACCUGCCCCACUGCAUGGUCAUUGAGUAAGACCACUGACCCAUCCCACCUACCAACCAACUGACCGACUGCCAUAGUUCAACCUUCCUCCUCUUUACUCUUCCUAACUCUUUUCUCAAAUGCUAGCCAGGAGACUGAACUGCUCCUACUCUACCACACGAUCCCUCAUUACCUGCCCCCCUACCUCCACACCCAUUGAGUAGACUGAUCAACAGGCUGACAGAAAGGCAGGAAGGCAGAUGAUGGUACAUGCCAGACCCAGAAGAUGAUGGGAUGGCAUUUGAGCUUCAUUUAAGAAGAUGCUAGAGUGAGGAGCUUGGUGUGACGUCUUGUCUGACAGCAAGUUUCUUUUUCAGAAUCAACAAAAGGCUUUUGUUUGUUGAUGAGAGCUUCUCUAAAGACUUUGAUGAUUGUUUUGAGCUGAAUUGAUACUGAAGGGGCUGACAUGCCUGGAUACAUACUGUAUGCAGCGUAGAGAAAUUGGGAAAAGGGAAAUAAAGACCUUUGUGUUUGAGCUGAUAUGGUGGAACUCACUCAUGCGCUCAUACGCUGUAAACACACUCACGCAUACUGUAUAUGGUAAGUGAAUCAAAUGUAAGUUCUCAAGCUCAUGAGUACUGAUGUUUCUAUUUCCAUCACUCUGUGUAAUAUAACAGCUGUUAUUCUUUUUCUCAAAAGGUAUCAAAGGUUCAGUUUUCACUAAUUUAGAAAGAGACACCAUAUGUCAGCUGAAGAAACAGGAAUCAGAGAGAACUAAAGAUGCAGUUCAGAAAGUGAAUGUCAGGGAUUGAACAUCUCUCUCUCUUUUUCUCCCUUCUUCUAUGUAUGAAGUGUGUGUGACGGACUCACAGGUUCCCGUCUUUUCGGGAUACCACCACCUUUUUCCAUUUCUAUGUCUUAUCAGAAAUCAAAAAAAGGAGAAAAAUUAAAAAAAACAACUGUUUAUGUUGUUUUUUUGUGUUGGAAUU